CGAAGGGCUGACUCGCAUCAUUUGGCAACGCAGAAUGACUUGGGAAGAGAAUAGAUACUGGAAAAAUGCGUUGACUAUCGUCCCCAUCGUGGGAGCUGCCUUCGCGACUAUCACCUAUGCCCUGCGCCUGUACUCGCGGCGGUAUACCACCGCUGGGUUGAAGUUGGAGGAUUGGCUGAUGGGCGUCGGGUUGAUUCUGUCUUACUGCGCGACUGCCUUCGUGGUGGAUACUGCCUUCAACGGGGUUGGAAUCCCUGUCGCGUCCCUCCCUGCCAAGGAGCGUCAUCGGAUUCAAUUUGGAUCAUGGAUGAUUCAGAAAUUCUGGGCGCCGUCCGCCGCGUUCAUCAAGAUCAGCAUCGUCGUGUUUCUGCGACGCUUGCUCGGCACUCUGCGCACGUACACCAUCGUCUCCAAUGGAUUGAUUAUCUUCAUCGCCUGCUGGGCCGUCACGGCCCUGCUGGUGAAUAUCUUCCAGUGCAUUCCGGUCCAGUACUACUACGAUAAAACGUUGAACGGUCACUGCAUGGCGGGCCAGCGGGCGUUCUUCCAGGCCAUGGGCUCGAUCGCCCUCGUCGAGGAUGUGAUCAUUCUGUUCCUUCCUGCGCCGGUGGUCUGGGGUCUUCAAAUUACUACGCGACAGAAGAUCGCCUUGACCAUGGUCUUUUCUUUGGGUGGAUUGGUCUGUAUCUUCAGCUUGAUGCGACUAAUUGAAUUCCGCAAGUUCAUCACCACCGAUCUUGCCUCAUCGAGUGCCAAAGAAUCCCUCUGGACAUGCCUGGAACUCGACAUCGCGAUCAUCUGCGGCUGCCUGCCGCUGUUGAAGCCCUUGCUGCAGGGCUUCCUGGGCAAGGUCAAGUCCGGGGUGUCGAAGGGCCGGUCGCACCCUUCCUCCGGCACGAAGCUGUACGGCUACCCGACGAGCAACACCCACCACGACGGGUUCCUGCAGAUCAACGACCUGCAUGGGUCGCAGCUCUCCAAGGGAGCGAAUGUGGCCGCCAGCGCCAGUCGCAACAGCUCCGAUGUCGAGUUGCAGGGCAUUGCGGUGCACACCGUCAUCGAGCAGGACGUGGAUGACCAUCCGCAGUUGUCCUCGUCGGAGAUAGUGUCGAACCACGGGUGGCCGCGAUGAGCCAGCCCACCCUCCAUGACGCACGCGAUAAUGCGACCACUCUGCCGUGCGAGACAACAGCAAUUUCCUGUGCUGGUAUCUGGGGUCUGGACCGUAUCAGGUGAUGUGCGUACUGUGCCUGUGCUUGUGCUCAGCCCGUCGUUUCCGCCCAGGACCACCACCAGUUGGUGGACACUGCUCACCCCCGAGAGUGUCCACAUCCACUCCUUCACUUUAUGAACACCGCCCUUCCCUAGCAUCCAAUUUAAUGUCGAUGAUACCCCUUUAGAAUUAUACUUGUCUUCUACCGUUCCGUGUCUUCUGAUCCUUCAAUCCCUCGUAAAAUUAAUCUGCCAGAAUCCUGCACAAUCAAACUCUGCACUAUGCGACACAAGGAUCCGAGAAAAAAAGGACGGGCC